CAUGCUCCUAUCAGACUCGUGCUCGUGCGCACAACGGAACCACGCGCGGCGUCAUGGACUCGGCGAGGCUUUCAGGUAGAUGUUGGAGCUCCGCUCGGGAGCUUCGGACCCUCGGAGCGCGCGACUCGGCCGAAGCGCAAAGCCUAUACGCUGCAGCGCUCAAGUUUAGUACCGCAAGCCCGGUCGCCACCGACUUCUCACGCGCUCUCACUCAUCAUAUCCUCGGCGUCAUCUUUGGGUCGGUGAUGCGCACUCUCACUCUCCACCACCGAAACGACCGUGCACCCACCACCGCCCACCCCUCGGGCACGGCGUGAGCCGGCCCGGAACUAUCCUGGAGCCUGGAGACAGACGACGUUUUAGGCCCGACCCUGCCAUCGCAAUUGUUUUGACUGCCCAUACCCGCACAAUAUGGACGCCGGGCCCAGCGACCCCAAUCUCACGACGCGCGGGCGCCCGCGCAAAAAGCGCGUGCGCACCGUCACGGGAUGCUUGCUGUGCCGGCAGCGGCGCGUCAAGUGCGACGAGCGAAGACCGCGGUGCUCGAAUUGCGCGCGACACCCCCACCGCGUAUGCGAGUAUCCGUUCGACACGGAGGGGCAGGAGACGGACGACGCGCUCGUCGUGCGCAGUCACACGCCGACCGUCGGCGAUGAGCCAUACAUCAGCGUCGCGCAGAUCGAAAUGCUGCUCUCGCAUGCAGCCGCCGCCCUCAUGGAGGCGCAGCGCAUCGACGCCGACCUCCUCCAACCAUGUUCACGCACCGCUCUGGCCGACAGCCUCAUUGCUAAGAUCCGGCGCUGGACCGACGGAAACGUUCCCGUGCCUGGGGUAUGGCAAUGUUAACGUCCAGCUUCCAGUGGCGCCCGCUUCGCCACUGCGCGCGAUUUUAGACCACCACGCCUUGCUUGUACGGCGCUCCUUUGCUGACCUCGACGACGCUGAGAACCGGCUGCUGUGCAGCUCGACCGCCGUUCUUGCUG